AUGUGUCACAAGACAAAAGGCCCAGCUCCCCGCACCCACUGGUCACCACCCCGCACCAGCUGGUCACCACCCCACACCAGCUGGUCACCACCCACACCUGCUGGUCACCACCCACACCAGCUGGUCACCACCCACACCCGCUGCCCACCACCCACACCAGCUGGUCACCACCCACACCUGCUGGUCACCACCCACACCAGCUGGUCACCACCCACACCCGCUCUUCACCACCCACACCUGCUGGUCACCACCCACACCAGCUGGUCACCACCCACACCCGCUCUUCACCACCCACACCCGCUGGUCACCACCCACACCCGCUGCCCACUUCCCACACCCGCUGCCCACCACCCACACCAGCUGGUCACCACCCACACCCGCUGGUCACCACCCACACCCGCUGCCCACCACCCACACCCGCUGGUCACCACCCACACCAGCUGGUCACCACCCACACCCGCUCUUCACCACCCACACCCGCUGCCCACUUCCCACACCCGCUGCCCACCACCCACACCAGCUGGUCACCACCCACACCCGCUGGUCACCACCCACACCCGCUGGUCACCACCCACACCCGCUGCCCACCACCCACACCCGCUGGUCACCACCCACACCCGCUGGUCACCACCCACACCUGCUGCCCACUACCCACACCCGCUGGUCACCACCCACACCCGCUGCCCACCACCCACACCCGCUGGUCACCACCCACACCCGCUGCCCACCACCCACACCAGCUGGUCACCACCCACACCUGCUGGUCACCACCCACACCAGCUGGUCACCACCCACACCCGCUGGUCACCACCCACACCCGCUGGUCACCACCCACACCCGCUGCCCACCACCCACACCCGCUGGUCACCACCCACACCCGCUGGUCACCACCCACACCUGCUGCCCACCACCCACACCCGCUGGUCACCACCCACACCCGCUGCCCACCACCCACACCCGCUGGUCACCACCCACACCCGCUGCCCACCACCCACACCAGCUGGUCACCACCCACACCAGCUGGUCACCACCCACACCCGCUCUUCACCACCCACACCUGCUGGUCACCACCCACACCAGCUGGUCACCACCCACACCCGCUCUUCACCACCCACACCCGCUGGUCACCACCCACACCCGCUGCCCACUUCCCACACCCGCUGCCCACCACCCACACCAGCUGGUCACCACCCACACCCGCUGGUCACCACCCACACCCGCUGGUCACCACCCACACCCGCUGCCCACCACCCACACCCGCUGGUCACCACCCACACCCGCUGGUCACCACCCACACCUGCAGGUCACCACCCACACCAGCUGGUCACCACCCACACCCGCUCUUCACCACCCACACCCGCUGGUCACCACCCACACCCGCUGCCCACCACCCACACCCGCUGCCCACCACCCACACCCGCUGGUCACCACCCACAGACUGCUGGGUUGGCUGUUCACACCGUAUUGUAG